AUGGGUGGAGCACCCUGUAAAGCGAAGGAAAAUCAAAAGCCGGUUACAAUUGUCAUACUUGGCUUGGACAAUGCUGCCUCCGAUGAUUCUGUAGUACCAACUGUUGGCUUUGCAAAAACAGAAAUAACACAUAAAAAUGUAAAAGUAAAUUUUUUUGAUCUGGGUGGUGCCAAAGGUUUUCGUAAUGCAUGGAGACAUUACUUUGCUGAUGCACAUGCAUUUGUCUAUGUUAUCGAUGCAAGCGAAUCUAAACGCUUGGAAGAAAACCAGCUGCAAUUAGAAAAACUCUUACAAGACGACAAAGUUAAAGGAAAACCAAUGUUAAUAUUAGCGAAUAAACAAGAUAAAAAGAAUGCAUUGAGCAAAGAUCAAAUUAUUGAGAAUCUGGAUUUACAAGAAUUAUUAAAUGGGCAAAAAAAUCGUUAUAGAGUGGAAGUAUGUACUGCAAAGGUAUCCCAAUCUACUCGAGGUAAAAAGAGGGACGAAAGCUUAGCAAAUGGUUUUGAAUGGUUGUUAAAAACCAUUGAUGAGCAUUAUGAUGAAAUAAACAAACGAGUAGAAAGUGAUAGGAAAAAAAGAGAUGCCAGCGAAGAAAGAAAUAAACAAGCAGAAGAUCGUGUACGAAAAACGCGUAAAGAUCGUGAUAAAGAAAAUGAUGAUGAACUCGAUGAAACCGAUGAAUAUGAUAGAAAGCGACAGCCCUUUGUGCCAAUUUCUGAAGCAGUCAAAAAUGCGGAAAAUACGUCUAGAAAAAGAUUACCUCCAUUAUCGAAGUCGAACGAUUCUGUAAAUCAUAUGCGUUCGACAUCACAUACACGAUUCGACGAACGAUUAAACACUGAAGAAGACGGUUCUUCUCGGCAUCAUUCUAUGAAUACGCUAACUAAGCGUUGGCCUAAUUCUAAUUUGGAAACAGACACAUAUCGAAAAAACGGAGGUGAAAAUGAAAGUAGCGAUCAUGUUAGUGGAAAUGAAUCGUCCUUAAAAUCGUCAAAAAAAAAGAAGUUUACUGGAAAAAAAUUGCAGCCUUCAACAGAAAAUCUUUCUUCAUCACGCUCACCAGCUGAAACAAGGCCAUUUCGUUCGGCUCUUCAAGAAUUUGAUGGAGCCGGUACUAUUCCAAAAACGGCUAUACACGCUGGCGAUACACCACGUCCGACCUUCAGUUCAUGGUCCACUAAAAAUGCUGAUAUCAGUAAGAAAUUACCACCAAUAAUGAGUGACAAUGAAGACAAUGAUCUACUUCAUUCAAGGCCAUACGCAAAUACACGCACUAAUAACACUAAUGAUUUUCGAAAUUCAUCAUCAUAUUCACCGGUGAAUAAAAAUACUUUUGACGAUAAUUAUUCACGUUUUAACAAUAAAAGUCCAUUAGCUUAUGAUACCAAAAAACCAUCAGCAUCAUCCAUAACAUCACCAUUAGGCACAAAAACAAACUGGAGAACAGAAUCGUCAACAAAACGACCGAAUACAGCAUCAAAUAAUCGGCUUAAUCAAGAUAGUGAUAAUGACGAAAAUAAACAAGAAACUUACACUAAAUCAAAAAUAUCAUCAUACUCUACUUUUGAACCUAAUAAAAAACGAUUCGGUACGGUUGAUGACGAUGACGAAUUUGGUAUACAGAAGAAAACUACUUAUAGUUCAAACACUUCGAUUAAAAAACCUGCAGUGAAGUCCUCGCUUGAUAUGUCAGAUGAUGAUAUUAUCGAUCGCAACAAAUACGGUACCUCAGUAAAAUCAUAUAAAAAAGGGAGUGAUGAUGAAGAGCUUGGUAUACAGAAGAAAACUCCUUAUAGUUCAAACACUUCUGUUAAAAAGCCUCCAGUGAAGUCCUCGCAUGAUAUGUCAGAUGAUGAUAUUAUCGAUCGAAGCAAAUACGGUAGCUCAGUAAAAUCAUAUAAAAAAGGGAGUGACGAUGAAGAGCUUGGUAUACAGAAGAAAACUCCUUAUAGUUCAAAUACUUGUAAUAAAAAACCUCCAGUGAAGUCCUCGCAUGAUAUGUCAGAUGAUGAUAUUAUGGAUCGAAACAAAUACGGUAGCUCAGUAAAAUCAUAUAAAAAAGGGAGUGACGAUGAAGAGCUUGGUACACAGAAGAAAAGUACUUAUAGUUCAAAUACUUCUAUUAAAAAGCCUCCAGUGAAGUCCUCGCUUGAUAUGUCAGAUGAUGAUAUUAUGGAUCGAAACAAAUACGGUAGCUCAGUAAAAUCAUAUAAAAAAGGGAGUGACGAUGAAGAGCUUGGUAUACAGAAGAAAACUCCUUAUAGUUCAAAUACUUCGAUUAAAAAACCUCCAGUGAAGUCCUCGCAUGAUAUGUCAGAUGAUGAUAUUAUCGAUCGAAGCAAAUACGGUACCUCAGUAAAAUCAUAUAAAAAAGGGAGUGACGAUGAAGAGCUUGGUAUACAGAAGAAAACUCCUUAUAGUUCAAAUACUUCGAUUAAAAAGCCUCCAGUGAAGUCCUCGCAUGAUAUGUCAAAUGAUGAUUUUACCAAUAAAUACCUCGGUUCCGCAAAAUCACAUAAAAAAGCGAGUGACGAUGAUGAUGACAUUCAGAGCAAGAGUUAUCCAACAAAUACGCAUAAUGACAAUAAGAAGUACACAAGUCCCAUAAGUAACUACAAUCAGAGUUACAAUAGCAGUAAUAGUAAUAAAAAUAAUAAUUCUCAAUCACGUUUGUUGCCGUUGUCUUCCCCAUCAACAAAUUCUGCUCUUCGAAAGAGUCAUUCGUCCGAUGAUGAAGGCGAUUCACGGUUUCGAACAAAACAAAAUAAAUCAGACAGUGAUAACGACGACAAAUUUGGAAGUGCUGCUCGUUAUGGUAAUACGUCUUCACAACCUCGCUCUGUUGGUGGAAGUGAUCGUAACAAUACAUCUUCAAGAUCACGCUACGAUGAUACACCUUCACGCUAUCCGCGCAAUUCUGAUUCAUUUCAUUCACAUUCGAGACCAAAUGCUGAUACUGAAAAUGAUUUACGGUAA